GUAUCUGAUAUAAAAAGCAUUGGAAACAUUCACAGUUUACAAUCCGGGGAGGGCCCAUCUGUCGAUCAUACCUCGGAGCAAACUCAAAUUAAACACCAAUCACAAAACAAAAACAACAAAAAGCUUCCACGACGCAGCAAAACAAUUUUUCGGCAGCAAUGUGCAUCGUGGUCCUCACAACCGCGCAUCCAGACUACGCCCUGAUUGUCAUCAACAACCGGGACGAGUACAUCCUGCGCCCGACGUCCCGCCCGCACUGGUGGACGCCGUCACCACGGCCAAAAGACGGCGCAGGCCGACAACAAAACCAACAAUCAUCACCCCCACCACCGCCGCCGCCACAAAUCCUCUCCUCCCGAGACCUGAACCGCCCAGAGCGCGGGACCUGGCUCGGCAUCACCCGGACCGGCAACUUUGCCUGCCUGACCAACUACAGCGAGGCCGACCCCAACGACGCCCGCCACAGCAUCCACGGCGUCCGGUCGCGCGGCGCAAUCGUGUCCGCCUGGCUGGCCGCCGACCCGGCCGAGCGCACCCCGGACUUUGUCCAUCGCAUCCUCUCCGGCUCGGGCGUCAAGGGCGUCGGCGGCUUCAGCCUGGUGUGCGGCAAACUCCGCCGCCGCCGUCACUUCCAGACGAACCAGCACCCACAGCAUGCCGCACGCUCGGCCCCAGCGGCGAUCGACCCCCUGGCCGUGAUCUCCAACCGCUCCGAGCACCCGGAGCACGUGCCGUACAUCGCCUCGCAGCCGUCCGAGACCCACGGCCUGAGCAACACCGUCUUCGACGCCCCGGGCCCGCCCUGGCCCAAGGUGUCGCGCGGCUGCGACCUGCUCAACCGGACCGUGGCCUCCGCCGUGCCCGCCGCCCUGACCCAGGACCAGCUGGUCGCGUCGCUCUUCUCCGUGCUGAGCACCGACGACCUCCCGCGCCUGAGCGACGACGUCGCCGCCUUUGAGACGUACCAGCCCUUGCUGCGGACCAGCGUCUUCAUCCCGCCGCUGGGUCGGGACGAGAGCUGGCUCGAGACGCGCGACUUUGGCCCCGCGGAUAGGGACGCCGCCAUCGCCGCUCCUCAGCCGACGCACCCGCAAUCACAACAACAGCAGCAGCAGCAGCAGCAGCAGCAACUGCCGCAACGACAACAACAGCCUUCGCCGCCCCUGGAACCCGCCGAAACCCUUGCAGCCGGCUCGACGGCGAGCACGCCUCGGCCCGACGCCAAGGCUCCCGUCUUCACCACUGGCAUGUACGGCACCCAGCGCCAGACCGUCAUCUUGGUCGACUGGGAAGGCAACGUGCGCUACACCGAACGCGCUCUCUGGGACGACCUCGGGAACCCCCUAGCGCCGGGUGAGGGUGAUGUCACGUUUCGCUUCCAGAUCGAGGGCUGGGAUGACGAGUACGAAAAUGAUGAUGCCGAACUGGAUGGCGGCAAUGUGGGAAGCAACAAACAUGCGGAUUGCUGACUAGCCGAACAUCCCGAGAUCGACCCGCAAGAGCUCAUCUUUGACCAAGCGCUUAGAGCAAAGCUUUGAUCACAAAUUAGACAGAUCUAUACUUCUAACGAGUCAAUAGACGCAUCUCGAUGACUUCUGCCACCAAGUCAUGAAAGAAAUUUAUCAUUUGGAAGAUUGGCACCUCAGUCUUCAUGUCUCCACGGACGUGAAACAGCCAUCUAUUAGAAGACUUGCAUUUCCUUUUUUCAGCCUAUGUACAUACUUGGCACAAAAACGGCCUGUUUACUUACCCCGUAGGCCACGUCGGUGCAUAUAAACAUCCACAAAAAUAUGAUAAUUGACCAUCCUUGUGUCAUCCAUAAAAAGCAGUGUUGCAACGCGAAAACAAAACUUGUGAGCAAGCUUGGUGCUUGAAAAAAAAAAUGCAAGCAAUCCCACGAAAUAAGAAAACUGUUGCAGAGUAGCACAACAUCACAUUCUAUAAAAACAAACAUCACAUCAAGCUCAAUCGAUUGCCGCGCAAGCCAGAGACAGUAGGCAUCAAAUCGCAAACUGGAACCGCGUCCUUGAAUGCGGCUGUCCUUGUGCCCCCAGUACCAGAGCUGCCACUGAUUUUCCUCCCACCAACAAUGAGACGAGAGAUCAGGCUUCGAUCUUCCAUGGUACCUCCGUCCGGAAGCAAACCAGGCCUCCUCAUCUUCCGCGCGUACAGCUGUUGGAAUGCAUGCAGGCUUGCACGCGCCUCUCUGGUAAGGCAGAGACUUUCAAGAUGCAGAAAAAUACGUCUACACCGGUUCUCUUCAUCCUCCAGAAGAGCUGCCUUGCUGAUUGACUCAUCGUUGUAGUUCUCAGCUAGGGUCUCUGUCGAUGGCAAGAUAGUUGAAGAGCUGAGAGGCAGAUUCGUCGAGAAUUUUCGUGGCAUUAUGGGCAGCGAAAUGUCUGGCAAUGUCGAUGACGACGUAACUGUUGUGCGUUGUAGAGCAGGCUUCCUGCUUUCGUUUUCAAGGGUCGAUAAAGAUGCUUGAGCUUUCACCAUCAUCUCCAGAUUUGACGGCGAGAGAACUUCAGAGUGGAAGCGAUCAUGCAGUGAAAGAAAGCGACCAGCCCAAUACGACGUUGGCUGCGCAUGUGCUACUAGGCGGGGGUUCGAAGUAAUGGCAGAAACAUUGAUGAUAUUUGCAUCUGGACCGCCACCGCUCGACACCCUGCUAAUGAGUCGCGGCAGUGAUAGAAGUGGUUGAUUCAUGGAACCAGUUGCUGUUGUGCUUGUUGAUGAGCCACUCACGUUACGACUACCGGCUCCAAAGCUUCCGAGAGACCCGCGUGAAAGAGAACCAGAGAUGCUGGAAAAGACGUUGUUCAAGGUCUUGGACUUUGCCAUACCUCGUCGAGGAUGCGCCUCAGAUUCCGUGUCGGUUGGAUUAAUAUUCUCCGAGCCUCGAGCUGCUUUCUUUCGGGUUUUGGGAAGAAACGAGUAUGAUGUUUUGAUAGUAGCAGCAUCAGUAGAAUCUGUUGACAUUAUCCUCCCAUUGUGCACAACAGGACCAAUUGGAGAGCUUAUCUUGGGUGGCCGAUUGGGAGAUCGAUCCCUACGUCGAAGACCUAGUAGUUUGCUGAUUUGCUUGCGAUCCCCUGAGAAUUUCUCGUCCAGCCUGCGGCGUACCUUGUGGGUUUCACCCCCCGGGCCCUCAACGCCUCCCGAGGUCUGUCUGCCUUCUCGCCCAUAUGCUUGCGAGGAGGGCCGGUGCUGUAUUGUGUCCUCUGUGUCGCCGACAGGAUAUCUGGCUGCGUCGUCACUUGAAGAGACAGAAAUUUCUGUACAGCACUGUCCCAGACUUGGAUUGCCAGAAAGAAAGCCUCCUUGCAGGCGGCGAAGGAACGGGUUCUUAUGAGCGACAAACCGACGGCAAUAGUCACAAUCAGGGUAGAGGCCAGGAAGGUUUGAAUCACCACCUGACCAAACUGAAUCCAGAUCUUGAGCAGCGAUGAAAAGGCGCGAAGGUCAAACUGGAAGAUGGCCCCUACUCCUCUUGCAGUUGAAGCGGUGAUUCUAAGUGUCAAGCUGAAUGUCAUCCGCAGAAGCUCGAAAAAUGUACGCCAAAGCAGACCGAGGCUCCACCGGGCAGUCUUGAGUUGAUCAAGAGUCCCUGCAACCUGAUCUCCAAGAAUAUUUGUCUUGAUGUCGAGAUUCUGUUGUGUGGCCUUUUCUUCGGGGUGAUUUUGUGAUGCAGAUGGAAUAGCAGCAAUACUAGGAGCACUGAAUGAGUUGUAGGAGCUGCUUUCGUCGGAAUCUGAAGAAAUGUCGACGAUAAGGCUCGAGGCUGGUUGGCUGUACAACUGAGAGGCUGGGACGUUGCCGUGGGAGGUGAAAUGUGGACUAAUAGACGUGUAGACGCCCGAAGUACUUGCUGAGCCAAACCUGAUUGGAAGGGAGACCCUUUUGGGAUUGCCGUUCAGACUGGAAUAGAUCUUGUCCAAGGGUUCCUCUGACUCUCCUGACUCUUCAGAGUCUACUCUUUUUUUCUGACUGUUCAGGUUGGGCGUACCAGAGCAGCUGGAAAUGGGGCUUGGCUUCCUUGCAAGGUCAUCAGAGCUUUCGUAGUCAGCUCCUCCGUUUGGAGCUGUGUCUGGAUUGACAACUCUGAGGCCCCGGCAACUGAGAAACGGCUGCUUGGGCUGGUUGACAAUCCUUACAGGAUUGCCAGCCCUCGUCUUGAAAACAAUAGUCCGGGUAGCGAGGCCGUUGACACGUUGAGACACAGGGACUUGUCGAGUCCAGAUCUCGUCGCCCUCGUUUGAGAGCUCAGGGGCCGCGUCUUGUGAGGGCUCGAGAUGAUCGUCCUUGACACUGGUCUGGUAGCUUCCAGUAGAAGGUUUCCUGAGGGCCGCCUCUGUUGACUGGUCUUGGUUUGCCAAAGAAUCAAGAGGGGCGCUGGAGAAAGCAAAGGGGGGCUCUCUAGAUGGAAGUCGACGUUGGUCUGUGCCGGAUGGGUUGCUUUUGUUAUCUUUUGUACCGCCGUUCAUAUGAUUUUCGCCAUUCGGAAGUGGUGACGGCUGGUAUCGCGAAUCAGCAAGUUCCAAAGAAUAACGAAUGCUAGCCCGAGCAAGGCGCUGUGCUUUCUGCAUAAAUAGAGCUUCUUCGCUGUCUCCCGAUGAUGUUGAUGCUGAGCAGUCUUGAGAUUGAGGAUGAUUGCCAUUAACCAAGGUGGUGUCACUUACGCUUGGUAUGAUCAAAGGAUAAUGCACGACGCUGCCUAGACGGUUCGACGAAGGAGUCCCAUCAAUUUGGGAUGAACCAGCUGGGCUCCCCAGAUAGGUGUUCUCUUCUGAUGAGCUGUAGCUAUCGAGGAGCUCGCCAGGGCUGUAGCCGGAGUCAGUAGCUAGAGCUGUGCUUCCUGAAGCUUGUGUGAAACCUUCCAAUGGCUGAUGCAAGUUUAAUCCACCGUUCAAUACAGCUUGACACUCGAGUUCCUUCGGAAAGUACUCGGCCAAGGUAGGGUUUUCCUCUGCCAUCGUUGGUAAGUAACAAUCUCGACUUGGCAGCAGCUAGACCGUAUGGGGAAUAUAGUAAAUGGUAGACAGGUCCUGGGCUGAAAGGCGUUGGAAAAUAUCAAAACAAUGGAAAGAAAAUAAGCAGAGUGAAGUGGUGCAAAGGAUGCCAGUCAGUUGCAACGUUUUCAGAGGCCCUGCAAAUCUGAUCCGAGAGUGGAAAAUGAAUGGCGAGGAAAUUUUUUGUAGGAGUGCUGUGUAAUAUUUUGUAGGUACGCGUAGAUGAGGUAGGCAGGCAGGCACCAGCCCGAUAAUCUGGGCGUACUUACCUGGAAAGAGAUUGGAAUAAAGCGAUUCAAGGGUCCGAUGUGAGGUUCGGUACCUCCGAGAAGGUGCGAUGAUAAUAUCAGCGUCAAAUGGGACGACUUUCGGACUUUUGGCGUUGCAACUGUUGUAUGGUGUCUUCAACAAGGGUUGGAUGUAAUCAUGUUUUGUUGGAGCAGAUCGUUCGUUUGGAUGGGUCUUCGUGUAGAAGUGAUGUCGAGCUGAAAAGUCAUGCACCGGAGAAAAGCAUAAUGAGUCGAGGUAGCAGUCCCUGUUUGUUUGUUCCUUUGGUGGAGGCCGAAUCAAAUUAGUACACAUAGGUCCAGGGCGAGCUGGGG